GGAAUACGCGUGUACGCGAUAAUUAAACCGUGAACGUAAUUAAUUUCAUAUGCAACGUGGCCUACGGUAACGUGCAUUACAUAUGUAUUUACAUGCGACUUCCUUCCGAAUGGUUGUAAACAAUUGAUUCUUUGCCGUGUCUUUCUGGCUUUCAUAAGUUGUCAAGUAUUGUACAGGUAAUCGUAUUAUCGACGGUGCCAGUGUAGUUACACUGUUUUAUCGAUGACACGUUCUUGUAAUUUGCUUCCGAGAUUACCCAUCGUUAGAAAUAUCUUAUCGCACCGUAGCGUUUCCCAAGGUUCGGUAAUUAAUGUUAAAAAUCAUUUAACGUAAUUAAAUCGCGGCGUUAUCUCCCAGCUCGUAAACAUUGUAUUAAAUGGGCUGUGAAAUCCGUAUGCAAUCGAAAGAUCAAUCGACGAUAUUCGUCGAACGGCCCGUAAUUCCUAUAUUAAAUCGCAAUAACGAACACCGUUCAUUUUUAUUGAGGCCAGCGCGCGUCGCGCGAAACCAGACCUUGAAUCAAAGUAUGACUGAUGCAACGCUUCGACCAACGCCAAUAAUAAAUGUCACCGCAUGGCCUGGUCUAACGCGAUUAGGAAGGGACGACCGAAAUCAGCUGACCGUAAACAAUUACCACUAAAAUUGUAGGAGUUUACGCAGGUUCAUCGGGAAUAAACCCAGUUUUCUAUUUCGCGCCCCGUGUAAUUAUUGUACAUACUAUUAUUCUUCUGUCGCAAGUAAAGGAUAACGACAACGGAACGCUUUUUCUCGUUUUUGCUUCGAGUCGUUUCGUACGCGAGAAUAUUUAUAAUAUUAUCCUCCCACAGUGGUCGCGUCUGUUUAGAACAGCGAACACAAUUCACGAGCGAAUUCCACGCGUCUGGCGUUCUCAACCGGAAACUCGAAAGGGAUACCAAAAAGUUCUUGGCUUUCCUCCAAUUCUCGAACGAAUAACAACGCCUUGUCUUUCUCUAAGCUAAGAGAUCACCCCUUCUCGGCGACGGACUCGAGUUUCGUUAGUUAUUCCAUCCGUGUACUUUCGUCCAUUCACCGAAUACGAUACGUCGGACAGUGUUUACAAAUCAUCUGAACUUUUAGAAAACUAUAAAACCGGUUUCGUAUAGGAGCAACUUAAUCAAGAGCCAGUUGUAAAUGACGGAGCAUUAUGAAUCGCCCGAGGUGAAGCCCUUAUUGACCAAGGAAGACAUUCGCGAAAGAUAUCAGGAUACGUCCCUAGUCAUAUUUAAAGAGCAACAGAAUAAGAAAGAAAUCGUGAAUUAUUUGACUUUCGGAACGAGCCGCAGGACUAUGGAGUAUAGCAGUUACGGAAAUCAACCUGUCAUCGUACGAAGACCGGCCGGAUCUUUAACGAUUCGCAACGAUGGCAUCGCUCGUUUCUCGGAAAUGUUAACAUCGAUGCAUCGGAAGCCUCGAGACAGUUGUACGAUAAGUUGAUUUACGAUUUAAUCGCCUCGUUUCGAUGCUAAAUUAAACGAUCGUAUUUUUAUUUUA